AUGGCGGAUGACAAGGACUCUCUGCCCAAGCUUAAGGACCUGGCCUUUCUCAAGAACCAGCUAGAGCGCCUUCAGCAGCGUGUGGAAGACGAAGUAAGAAGUGGUGUGGGCCAGGAUGGCUCGCUCAUGUCCUCCCCAUUCCUCAAAGGCUUCCUGGCUGGCUACGUGGUGGCCAAACUGAGGGCAUCGGCGGUAUUGGGCUUUGCUGUGGGCACCUGCACUGGCAUUUAUGCAGCUCAGGCAUAUGCUGUGCCCAAUGUGGAGAAGACGAUAAGGGACUACCUGCGGUCGCUGCGAAAAGGACCCGACUAG